UGUGGACAGGUGAUUGGUAGUAAAAUUAGAAGACGUUUUGCGCACAUCGACGAGUGGAAGGAUUUUAGCCAGUUGUUAGGAAACUAGGCACUAAAGUCGCUAAUAACUCAACAAUGUCCCAAGGGACAGUUUCGGCACGUUUGUCAAUCAACCCCACAAGUGCCAAUUCUCAGGCUAACAACAACGAUGUCUCGGAGGCGGCUUGACAACCGCAAUGGACCUAAUGGGUUACUUGGAGAAAUUCAAACCCUUAUCAAUACGGAACCGAUGGACAGUAUGUACGAAAUCACCGGCGAGUUGGGCAGGGGGAAAUUUGCAGUGGUGAAGCGGUGCACGGAGAAGGCCACGGGAAAGGUGUUCGCCGCCAAGUUCCUGCGGAAGCGGCGGCAGGGGCGAGACUGCCGGGCCGAGGUGGUGCACGAGAUGGCCGUGCUGGAGGCGGCCCGCAACAACCCUCGUGUGGUCAACCUGCAAGCUGCCUACGAGACAGACCACGACAUCAUCCUGCUGCUGGAAUAUGCGGCGGGGGGUGAGAUCUUUGACUACUGUGACUGUGAUGAGCUGCUCCCAGAGGGCCAGGUCACACGGCUGAUCAGACAGAUGCUGGAGGGCGUUCACCUUCUCCACCAGACCAGCGUGGUGCACCUGGACCUCAAGCCCCAGAACAUUCUCUUGACCAGCCUGGCUCCGCUGGGGGACAUAAAGAUUGUGGACUUUGGCCUGGCGCGCAAACUGGGCACAGUCGGAGAGCUCCGAGAGAUCUUGGGCACGCCCGAGUAUGUGGCCCCAGAAAUUCUAAACUACGAGCCUAUCACCACGGCAACUGACUUGUGGAGUGUGGGGGUGAUAGCCUACAUGCUGGUGACAGGCGAGUCUCCGUUUGCAGGAGACGACAAACAGGAGACGUACCUGAACGUGUCCCAAGUCAAUGUGGACUACAGCCAAGAGGCCUUCUCCAGGGUGUCGGAGCUCGCCGUCGACUUCAUCCGCAAGCUGCUGGUCAAAACACCAGAGGACAGGUCCAGUGCAGCCGACUGCAUGACCCACCCCUGGCUGUGGCAUCAGUACCCAAGUACCGAGCCCGUCACGCCACGUACACGCCGCCAGAGGAGCAGUGGUAACAAGUGGGCCGCCCCACCCGAGGACCCACAGGACAAGGAGAACUUCACCUUGGACUCGUCCCACGCCAAGCGGUUUCGGUUUGAGGUGGAGACGCCCGGGGACUUUUGAGGGGGAAAGAGCGACGCAAGCGCCCCCCUCCUGCGACCUCCCCUUGUGGUUUUAUGCAGCAAGGAACCUGCAGGCCUUUUCUGUUCUACCGCUCGCUUGUAUCCAGUGUGUCCGGCCAAACCAAAGUUAACCAGCUUACUUUGUGAUCUAAUGAGUAAUAGUAUUUUAGAGUGAGCUGUUUUGUCUUUUGUUUUGUCUAGGACAUUUAUGUCCCUGAAUUUACAGAGAAUGGGUGGCCAGAUAUAUCUCAAGGGAAAUCGAUGCUAUACUGUUUUUCCACAAACUUUUAAGAGACAUUUUAAACAGUCAACAAAUUAUUACUUGACCAUUUUUGCCAGAAGGCUAAUAAGUGGUCGUAAAAGUGUUCUUAGACGCCCCAAAGUGUUUAGUAUUUUGUGCUAAAAGCAUUUGAAAGAACACUGAGCUGUGCAGAUACAAGCUAAAUCAGUCUACUUGAGGACGUGAAAGUAAAGUAUCCUCGUACUAUAUGCUUGUUUGCUUGACCCAAGAUGUGCAUUACCUCCCUACUCUCAAACAAGCAUUAGCUUUGGGCCAUGGCUUUCGCCGAGUGGCAUAUUACAUUCCAUUCCAUCUGACAUUCCCUUGUCUAGUUCUCAGGAACUCUACAACACAUCUGAAAAUGCAUGUCAUUGAAGACAGGUUUUCUAUGCACACAUUACCCAGCCAUGGCCUGCAUGAUAAGUAAGCCAAUGAGUCAUGCUAUUUUCUGUCUAUUACAGUGUUUAUUGUUUACCUGAACUCUCCUGGUUUACAAUUCCACAGUAAUAGAGGCGGUUUAAGAGGGCUCUAAAAAAGGUGACUCAUAGACAGUUCACACCACACCCAUGCUUACUCAAAUGUUUCUGCAAAGUUGUCAGUUCCUCUUUAAUCAUUAGCCUAAGGCAAAUGUGACUGAAGCACUUUCUAUUUAUCAUCUGGGUAUUUCAUGAAUUACUUAACUGGAAAAUGACCAUGUCCUCUGAAGUGUUUUUAUUCCAAGUAUAACUUGAACACAA